UUCAUAUGUCAGCUCUGUACCACAGGUGACAAGAAGGCCCUAACCUACAGACUAAGGAUGGCGGUUCAGCAGGUGAUCACGGCACAGCCCACAACCAAACUGAUUGGCAACAUCCACGGUCACCGCGACUGGUCCUCGGGCCUGUGUGGCUGCUUCAACGAUUGUGGAUCAUGUCUGAUGACAUUUCUGUGUCUGCCGUGCAUGGAGUGUAGGACCGCCUCCAGGUUGGGAGAGUGCUGUUGUUUGCCCUACUGCUGCCCCGGAUCCUCUAUAACCAUGAGAGCGAGAUUGAGGACGCUUGGAGGUAUACAGGGGAGUAUCUGUAAAGAUAUCUGUGCGCUCGCCUUCUGUCCAUGUUGUGCUGUCUGUCAGAUGUCACGAGAGCUCGAUAAUAUGGGAUUGUAGCCAACCAACUCCUGAUUUCGAUAGGAUCCAAUCGACAAUGUAUGUGGAAUGCUAUUGGUUGGAUACGACGUGUGCAGUGAUUGGUCGGCAGAGUUGCAUAUGAUAAGGCUCCACCUUUAAAAAUGAAGUACUGUUUUGUUGAUACGAUUUAAAUCAUACAAUUUCUUUUAGUUUAAAUCUGUACGUGCGAUUAUUAUACAUUAAUUGUUUUCCUGUUAAAAUGAAGUAGAAUCUAUUUGCUUUGAUUGCUUGUCUGAAUCAAAGAGAUCCCGACUGAGGUUGCGCAUUUAUUGAAUGUCAUUUAAUUUGCCACAAAUAAUUCUGUCUUCUCUGUUAAAAAACUUCAACGAUUCAAGAACAAUCCAAGACAAUAUGAGAUUAAAAUGCCUAAACUACUCUA